AGAAGCUCUUUAUGUAUUGCGCUUUGGGGCGAUUUGAUCCUACUAGAUUGUAAACUUUUGUAGCCGGUUUGUGUGUGUGCUUUUAGAGCACCUAGCACUGUGUGGCUCUGAUCCAGACCAGGCCCCCUGAGAGCCACAUUAUAUGAUGACAGUGCAGAACCUUAGCCUGAAGUGAUCUCUGCAUGGGAAAACCCAUCGCUGCACAGACCCAUUACCGUCAAUGGGAUUCAGCAUGAGUUUGUAACGGGAUCAAAGCUUUAAUAAUUUGUUGGGUUUUUUUCCAACCCAUACUUCUGAUGGCAACGCACUGUAUUCUAAUCCCCAGCGAUACUAUCAUUGGUUUCACAGGACUUUCAAUCUAGGCCCUUUGGUCCCAGUUGUAAUAAGAACAAAGCUCUUGGGCAAGCUCUUUUCGUAUUUAAUUUGUAAGAUGAAAUCAUCUUGAUUGUCUAAGGCUGAUGUUGAAUAUCAAUUAUAUUUAUCACAUCAAGCUGUUUAAAAGAAAGAUUCUUACAUUCCCAUAAACAAAAACAGGGUUGGGGGGGCAGAAAACCAACACUCAGAACUCUGUGACUAAGAGCAGACAACCAAGAACUUACAAAAUGACCAUGCAAAAAGGUGCAUUGGGCUGUAUUCUAACAUCAGGGCAGUAGCAAACCAGCCUUAGGUUCUGGAAUACCAAAGUUUUAUCAUAACCAAAGACACCCAGCUCCUGGGAUGGAUCCACAAGGCUCUAGUAUAAAACAUGAGGCUCUAUGAGCGACUAACCAGAUCUUUCCAGGCUCCCGUCACUGUCCACAAUUAUCCAAGCAGCCACGUUUAUUUGUUUAGAAAUGGCCGAUCAGAUCCGGAUGAGUCAUCAGAGGAGGAAUCUGACUUCAUGGAAUUACGUCCAAGGGGCAAGGAGCAGCAGAGAAGCAGUUCUUCCCAGGAGAGAGCUGGGGAUGUGGUGCUACUGGAACGAGAGCUCACCGAGGGCGAUAACCUUAACAAGCUAGCCCUGCAGUAUGGUUGUAAAGUUGCAGAUAUCAAACGUGUCAACAACUUCAUCUGUGAGCAGGACUUGUAUGCUCUGAAGUCUAUCAAGAUUCCAGUCAAGGCCCACGGGGUGUUGACAGAGACCAGCAAAGAGUUAAAACCUCCUCAGAAUGCACCUUCCCAGGCUGGAAUGACACUGAUUGAACUACCAGAACCUGAUGAUGGAGCCAGCGGCAGCUGCUAUUCUGAAAGCAGAUACCUGACUGACUACUUUAAGGGGAUUGACCAGACCAUUGAGGAUGUAGUGCAAUCAAAAGUCCAUUUAAAUGCAGAUUAUUGCAUAGAAGCACCAAACUGCCCACCAUCCAGUUCAGUGGGGCAAAAGGAGCCCAAUAAUGGUGCAGACUGUGGAAUCCAGUGGUGGAAUGCAGUUUUUAUUAUGCUCCUGAUAGGAAUAGUCUUGCCGGUAUUUUAUAUUGUCUAUUUUAAAACACAACAGACUGGGGCGGCAGCCCAUACCUCAAACACUACCUUUGCCUCGAAUAGCUCAGCUCAUGAAUUGGGGGGAACAAUGUCACAGCACCUACCAGUCGUGGAAACCCACACAUGGAAGAUACAGCCCAGUACUGCCUCACCUCCCAACACUGAUGCCCAUAAAGCAGUAACUCUGACUGUACUGGAUUCAGGGGGCUAAUUUUUUUUUUUUUAAGUGAGCUAAUGAUCUUGACUGAACCGUAGGGUAACAUGUUUUCUCUGAAUGAAUAAAGAUGUUUUGUAGCUUACCAAGUGCAACAGACAUUUGGCUCUGCGUUUAGGUGCCUCUCAAGAGUGGCCUUGUCUAAAAAUCUGAACUAGGCAGACACAUCAGUGUGUGUGCUCUUAAAUAUUGUAUGGGUUAUUGAUUGGAAUGAUGCAGCCUUAUAGCUGAGGAGAAGACACAUUUUGUAUGGACUGAGCAAUUUUUCCCCCACAACAACUUAAAACAACGUUUUUCAUUCUCUGGCAGAACUGAGGGGGCCUUGCAUACUUAACCCUACAUCUGACUUUAUAGCUUGAUAGACUAGCUAUGGUACAUGGCGCUGUUAAAACUAACCAGGACACUUGAUACCUCCAUUUCACUUUACUUUUAUUGAUGACGGUAUUGAGCUAGAAUGACCGAGGGUCUUAGCCUGCUGUGAGCACCGUAGAGGCAAGGGUCAGCCUUUGCAUGGAGGCCCUGUGACUUCAUUAGGGCUCCAUGCAGGUACCUAGUCAGGCCAGAGCUCUCUGCAGGAACUGGGCCUUAGGUCGGUUAUUCCUCAGUAACAGUCUUUGCUCAAUAGUGAUAGCAAAAGUUCUGUUCAGCCACACAGUCCAAUCUGCCAGCAACCCGCAGUGGCCGACUCGGCCUAACGGCAUCUUGAGCAUAGUGUUGCUGGGCUGGCAGCUGUAGUACCCUUCAUGGAGUAGUCGGCAGUCCCUUUGUCUAUACAGCGAGCUGUCUCAAGCACUAAGUUUCAGGUUAAACAGGUUUCAGAGUAGCAGCCGUGUUAGUCUGUAUUCGCAAAAAGAAAAGGAGGACUUGUGGCACCUUAGGGACUAACCAAUUUAUUUGAGCAUAAGCUUUCGUGAGCUACAGCUCACUUCAUCGGAUGCAUAGUGUGGGAAGUGUAGAAGAUCUUUUUAUAUACACACAAAGCAUGAAAAAAUACCUCCCCCCACCCCACUCUCCUGCUGGUAAUAGCUUAUCUAAAGUGAUCACUCUCCUUACAGUGUGUAUGAUAAUCAAGGUGGGCCAUUUCCAGCACAAAUCCAGGGUUUAACAAGAACAUCUGAGGGGGGGGGGGGAGUAGGAAAAAACAAGGGGAAAUAGGUUACCUUGCAUAAUGACUUAGUCUCUGUUCAAGCCUAAGUUAAUUGUAUCCAAUUUGCAAAUGAAUUCCAAUUCAGCAGUCUCUCGCUGGAGUCUGGAUUUGAAGUUUUUUUGUUGUAAUAUCGCAACUUUCAUGUCUGUAAUUGCAUGACCAGAGAGAUUGAAGUGUUCUCCGACUGGUUUAUGAAUGUUAUAAUUCUUGACAUCUGAUUUGUGUCCAUUUAUUCUUUUACGUAGAAACUGUCCAGUUUGACCAAUGUACAUGGCGGAGGGGCAUUGCUGGCACAUGAUGGCAUAUAUCACAUUGGUGGAUGUGCAGGUGAACGAGCCUCUGAUAGUGUGGCUGAUGUUAUUAGGCCCUGUGAUGGUGUCCCCUGAAUAGAUAUGUGGGCACAGUUGGCAAGGGGCUUUGUUGCAAGGAUAGGUUCCUGGGUUAGUGGUUCUGUUGUGUGGUAUGUGGUUGCUGGUGAGUAUUUGCUUCAGGUUGGGGGGCUGGCUGUAGGCAAGGACUGGCCUGUCUCCCAAGGUUUGUGAGAGUGUUGGGUCAUCCUUCAGGAUAGGUUGUAGAUCCUUAAUAAUGCAUUGGAGGGGUUUUAGUUGGGGGCUGAAGGUGACGGCUAGUGGCGUUCUGUUAUUUUCUUUGUUAGGCCUGUCCUGUAGUAGGUGACUUCUGGGAACUCUUCUGGCUCUAUCAAUCUGUUUCUUCACUUCCGCAGGUGAGUAUUGUAGUUGUAAGAAUGCUUGAUAGAGAUCUUGUAGGUGUUUGUCUGAGGGGUUGGAGCAAAUGCGGUUGUAUCGCAGAGCUUGCCUGUAGACAAUGCAGACAAUGUUAAACAGGGUGUCCUUGCUGUUAUUAGUUUAAGCUAGAUGGGUCAGUGAAGAGUUUUCCAUUUUGUACAGUAAUAAAAAGUCAGGGGAAACAAGCCCCCAGCUAUUUCAGGAGUUCAUGAGAAGGAGCAUAACUUGUAGGCUGUGGCCUACAAACCUGGUGUAGGCUAAUUUUAGGCAUUUUUAGUGCCUGUGUAGCUAGUCAGCCAUGUUUCUAAUCUCCCAUCUCCAUCCUGAAAUAAGGGCUCUUGUGCGAGUACACAUGGUUGUCACAGAGCCUAAGAAAUUCCUGAUGUAUUCUGGUCUGUUGAACGGAGGCCCAGAGGUUUUGGGUAUAGUUUUCAAAGACUUGUUUACAGUGAAUGCUGAAUGCGUGGAAAGGUUCCUUACAGUACAUGCGAUAAAUGUGGAUGAAUACUAAGCUUUGGGCAGUUUGAAUCUGCAGUAAAAACCUCUUGAUUGGUGUAGCCAUUUUAAAAAUAAAUUCAGAACAGUUUCUCAUGGCUAACCCGACAGUAGAAAUUGACAUUUUGAAGUUGUAGAAUUGAAAAUACCUAAGGAAACAGUGUGUGUAACAUAAGCAAAAUCUCCAUAACAUAUUGCCUAAAUAUAAGCUAACUUUCAGCAUAGAGCAAACUUGAAGGAAGUUAGACUUUUCCCAGGCUUAGACACUGACAUCGCAGGAGGUGCACCUAUAUAAUGCAUGUGUUGACCAGCCUGAGUGGCUUAAAGGAUACUAGCUGAAAUUAUGGUAUGAAAAGCAAAGGGUGCUGAAUGCAGAAGGUAGCUGGGUCUCACUCCCCGCCCCCCACCUAACUGGAGGAUAGUUAUAGAAUUAGUACUGUUGUAACUGGGUACAAAUCACAGAUUAAUAAAACACUCAUUAGAAAAUACAUAAAGGUUUAAAGCAAAGUACAGAGAGAGGGUUUUUUUCGCUCUUUCAAACACUCAGAUACAAGAGUCAAUACUUUUAGAUUUAUUUACUAGAACAAAAUUAAGCAGGUAAAAGGAGGAAAUGAUAGAAGACUGAAAAAUAACUUUUGAAAUGAUUUGUCGAAUUAAGGAAUUGCCUGCUCUUAUCUUGUCGCUAGAGGGCACUGUUGUCACAUAAAUACACAAAAGUUGAGGCAACGUGAAGGAAAUUCAGAUCUUAUAUUUAUGAGCACAGGGGUUAGUACUAGCCGUCUCUGUCCCAAAUUAAUCUAAGUGCUGGUGAAUAUUCUUAUCUAAGGUUCUGAGAUGGGUGUUGAAGCUAGAAUCAAGAGAGAGAAGUCCUGUCAUUAAUAGUCUUGCUGGCCUGAGGCACAUACAUGGACAGCGUUUGUGUUUACAAUGACUCAAACGAAAAAUGUAUCUGAAAAACUAGCUGCUUGCUGCAAAGGGAGCUGGGAGGUAUAAUGAAUAAACUAAACAGAAGCUUCCUGAGUUACAGCGUAAAGUCAUGGGACUGAUAAACAAAUAUUCUUCCUGCAGCAAGUAGGAAGCUCUUGCCAGGUUUUAAGGGGGCUUGAGGGAACAUAAUUUCUUUUAAAAAGGUACCUAAAGCAUCUGAUUUCUUAAAGCCAGCUGUAUCCAUUUAAAAUAAAUAUUUUUCUUCUGUGAAGGAAAACUGGUCCCUUCUGUUAAUUUUUAAAUGAAGAAAAAUUCAAGAAAAGCACAGUGGGAAC